CAACCACGCAACAGGUCCCAGUCUAAAUCGCCCCAGCAUAGUGCAGUAUAAUUGAGUAGCUAGCCAUGGACUACAGCCAGGUUCACGACUGGAUGGACGGAGUUGCUUUGUCUUCCCCACCUUCCAGGAACCACAAACACCAACUCUCCCACUCCUCCUCCUCCCAAGAUAUGUUCGCCGGCAUCUCCUCGCCUGACAUAUACGCCGACCUCUCCUCGCCAACGCAAAGUACAGAGCCGCCCGAUCUUGAUGCUAAGCUGCGCGCCGGGCCAUCCUCGAAACGUCGUAGGGUCGAUAUUCUAUCAGCUUCGACGCCUAGCCUCGGCCACCCAAGCGAAGAUGGCACGAUAGCAGCGCCCACACAAUCAGCCCGAUCAACCGCGACGACCAGCACCGGCCACUCUGGCGCUGGCAGACGGACGCGGCAGCGGAGCUCCGUUAAGAACAUGGGUGACCUUCUGCUAGCCGAGAAGUCGAUCCAAUUCAGCACGCCCAAAACACGCGGAGGAGUACCCAACGACGUCACGGGCUUGUUGAUGCACAUCCUAGCCGUAUUGGAUGGGAUCAAAGUCAUCCCCCAAUCUAUGGUUGAAGCUGCUGAGAAGCACCGGGACCUCCUCGACCCAAGUAUCAAUGAAAGAAAUAUAUACAGGGCCAACCAUUGGCUCCCCGAUGCCGACGGCCAAGUCGGAAAAAUCACUUGGGAUGUGGCCAAGGAGUUUGAAUUGCUGGAGAAGAUCGUUGCCAAGACUGCUGAGUGUGAUGCCGAGGAUUUAUCAGAGCCAGCAUGGAACACCACAGUCCAUCACCCUUUUCUCGAGCUCGCCUUGGCACCUUUCCAAGGUACCGUCUCGCACUGGGAUGUGACUACGGCGCGCAUUACUGAGAUGUACUCUCCACUGCGCAGCUUGGGCAACGACCUUCAAGCCAAGAUGGUGGACUUUUGCAUCACUCUUGACGGCGAGGCGAUCAAGGACCGCGUCAUCAUGCAGCUCAAGAUGAGCAACCAGAGUUCCAUCAGCCAUGCAGAGUACCGGCCCCUGCGAUUUCGCCCCAUCGCGGUCAGCAUCGAAACCAAGACACCCGCAGGUUCGACCGAGACGGCCAGGGCGCAGCUUGCCGUAUGGGCAUUGUCGCAUAUCGCUCGUCUGCGCGAACUUGCCGCCACCUCGGACAAGGCUUCUGAGCUUGACAUUUCGUUACCGCUCAUCAGCAUUCAGGGAGCCGCGUGGGACUUAUUUUUUGCCGUCGAUCAUGCCAACAGCGUCGAGAUUGUGCGCAUUGGUCCAAUUGGAAAUACCAUGUCCAUCAUGUCUUGUUACAAGCUGCUGGCCGUGCUCAGGUGGCUGACUGUGUGGAUCAAUGGCACCUUUCGCGAGUGGAUGGUGAAGAAUGCCUUAGUGGUUUCGUAGACACAUCUUUGUGUGUUGGUGUUUGGCGUUAUGUGAGGCGUUGCUGGGUCUGGCGAAUUGGAUACUUAUAGAUACC